CUCAGUAAAUAGAAAAUGGCUGAGGUUGGGAUGGUACGAUCUGAACGAAUCUAUAGAGCGAGCGCUCAGUUUCGCUAAAUAUUUGUGUUUUUUUGUACUUGUGCCUGAAAAUUUCACUGCCAGAGAACUGGAAAGAGCUUCGCAGCCACCACCGCUGCCAUGACUUGUGCUUCUCAGGUCUUCCGUCACUCCAGAAAGAUCAGGAAUACUUCCGGCCUGGUAAAGCAUGACUGUGCUGCACUUGUUCGCUGGUUUGCAAGUGACACGAGGGCUUUUACCAAUAAAGGAGAUGAUAUUUUAAUGGUUAGGCAACCUGGUUAUGGCCUUAGUAUUUCUAAUUAUCCUCAGGGGAGUAAGUCAGCUACAAUUGGCUUGGGUAACAGUUAUAGAGCUAUUUGUACUGCCAUGGUAUCUUCAGUGGGAAAACCAAAGGAAACUGUUCCAGCGGCUGGCAUGUUUUUGAACAGAGAAUCUUCAUGUUCGCUGAUGCACUUGAGGAGGCGUUUUUCAUCAAAAGCUGAUCUUCCUCCUCACCAAGAGAUAGGGAUGCCUUCUCUUUCACCAACAAUGACAGAGGGAAAUAUUGCUCGGUGGUUGAAGAAAGAGGGUGAUAAAGUUUCUCCUGGUGAAGUACUUUGUGAAGUUGAAACUGAUAAAGCAACUGUAGAGAUGGAAUGCAUGGAGGAGGGGUAUCUAGCUAAGAUUCUGCUUGGGGACGGAGCUAGUGGGAUUAAAGUUGGUGAGGUGAUUGCCAUUACUGUUGAAGAGCAGGAGGAUAUUGCAAAAUUCAAAGAUUACCAGCCUUCAACAUCAGAUGCUGAACCUGCUCCAAAGGCCCCCCCUCCACCACCCCAACCAAAAGAAGAGGUUGCUAAGGAAUCUCUUCCUUCUUCACAACCAAAAGCUUCUAAACCUAGCGCACCUCCAGCAGAUCGCAUUUUUGCUAGUCCUCUUGCUCGAAAACUGGCUGAAGAUCACAAUGUACCUCUGUCAAACAUCAAGGGAACAGGUCCUGAAGGACGCAUUCUGAAGGCUGACAUUGAAGAUUACCUUGCAUCUCAUGGAAGGGAUUCAAGGGAAGCUUCAGCAGCAGCAGCACCCAAAGCAGAGUCAGAUUUAGAUUAUACAGACAUCCCUCAUUCACAGAUAAGAAAGGUGACAGCUUCACGUUUGUUGCUAUCAAAGCAAACGAUUCCCCACUAUUAUUUAACUGUAGAUACAUGCGUUGACAAACUUAUGGAAUUGCGUAGCCAGCUUAACUUAUUACAAGAAGCUUCUGGUGGGAAAAAGAUAUCUGUCAAUGAUCUUGUAAUUAAGGCUGCUGCUUUAGCUCUUCGAAAAGUUCCACAGUGCAAUAGUUCAUGGACCAACGAUUACAUUCGUCAGUUUCACAAUGUAAAUAUCAGUGUUGCAGUGCAGACAGAUAAAGGCCUAUAUGUUCCUGUUGUUAGGGAUGCUGACAAGAAAGGUUUAUCCAAGAUUGCUGAGGAAGUCAAGUAUUUAGCACAAAAAGCAAAAGAAAAUAGCUUGAAGCCUGAAGAUUAUGAGGGAGGCACAUUUACAGUGACCAAUUUAGGAGGGCCAUUUGGUGUUAAACAGUUCUGUGCAAUUGUUAAUCCUCCUCAGGCAGCUAUUCUAGCCAUUGGAUCAGCUGAAAAGAGAGUGGUACCCGGUCAAGGUCCAGACCAAUUUAAGUUAUCAUCUUUAAUGUCUGCGACUCUGAGCUGUGAUCAUCGGGUUAUUGAUGGUGCAAUUGGUGCAGAAUGGCUGAAAACAUUCAAAGGCUACAUCGAGAACCCAGAAUCUAUGCUUCUGUAGAUGAUAGAUCACUCUUUCUAGCUUGCAUAUCUUCAUUAAAAGCUGAUCACUUCUGGACUUCAAAAUGUGUUUGCUUGACCUUUAGCAGAUCCAUCCACCCAUUGGGUAAACACUUGACAGCUUCCAAAUAACACGGCCUGGGGAGAAAUACCUUAAUGUUCUUUCAUCCCAAAGGAUACAUAGAUUCUUUUUUCCUGCAACAAUAACAGCUGACGGCCACUUUGUUGUGUAUCUGGACCACAGAUUGUUACUCUGAAAGAUCUUAAUGCGCUCAUAAUUUCUUUUUGUCA